AUGUCAAAAAAAAAAGAAACCUUUACUCCAAGGGCAAAUAAACUUAAACUGACGACCCCAAGAAGAAAACUGAAAAUACUGUCAUCUCUCCUUGACGCGGACGAGGAUUCCAAAAUGAAAGAUCAACAUGGGUACUCAAGGGUCCACAAUGAUAAAUACAGAGUAGCAAAGCCUACUCAGCACUCGACUUUACAUGAAUCUAUUUCCUCCAGGCGAAGCAGUCAUAUUCAUAAUAAAUCCCUUCAUGAAGAUAGUGCGAGGGCAUUAAGCUGGGUAGAUUCUCUAAUUAAUAGGGGGAAAAGUAUACUUACUACACUAGAAAAGGAAGAUGCCUUGUUUGAGCGUAGUCUUGAGGAGGAAAGACAACGUUUUCAGCUUCAUGACUCUUUAAUGAACAAGUACACAGGAAACAGUAAAUCUCAUCAGCGACUAAUCGAUCUCAGGAAGAGCCAAUACGGAACGGAUACUUCUUUCCAAAAUAAUGAUGAAAUUCCCUUAGAUAGUUUCAUAAGUUCUCCCUUACCGGACGCUGAGGACGAGUCGUCCUCAAAUAUCGACUCCGAUAAGGAUGAAGAUCUGGAAGGUAAACAAUCUUUAAUCAAAGAUUUCGAUCUUGAAAAUGAUGAAUACGAGCUCUCUGAAGAAGAAAAGAAUAGUGACGGCCAAAGUAGUCCUUCAAUAAUGAUAUUAUCAGAUGAAGAAUAUGCAGAGGAAGGAGCACUACAAGAUGUAUCGAAUGAUGAAUAUGCCGAAGAGGAGGGGCAAGUUGAGAGAAAGAAUAUAGGGCAAGAACAGGCAAAUGUAGAGAAUGCUACACAAAUUAGUUCUUCUGAUUCCAGUGAAGGACAGAAUUAUUCAGAGGGAGUAGAAAUGGAAUUAGAAGACGACAUUGAUGUGGAAAGCGAUGCUGAAAAAGAUGAAAGUCAGGGUGCAGAAGGAACAGAACAUUCGGUAGAUUUUUCAAAAUACAUGCAGCCUAGAACAGAUAAUACUAAGAUCCCCGUUAUCGAAAAAUAUGAAUCUGAUGAGCACAAAGUCCAUCAAAGAUAUUCAGAAGACGGUGCAUUUGAUUUCGGUUCAGUAAAUAUUUCAGUUGACGAUGAGUCCGAGGAUGAAGAAAGUCAAGCUGAAAGUUACUCAGCAAAUGCUGAAAAUGUGUACCACCAUAAUGAACAUGAACUGGAUGAUAAGGAACUAAUAGAAGAUAUAGAAUCUUCAGAUAGUGAAUCCCAAAGUGCACAAGAAAGCGAACAAGGAAGUGAAGAUGAUUUUGAAUAUAAAAUGAAAAACGAAAAAAGCACGUCAGAAGAAACUGAGAAUACCAGCGAAAGCAGAGACCAAGGUUUCGCUAAAGAUGCUUAUACUAAGAACAAAGUGGAACAACAGGAAAAUGACGAAGAACCUGAAAAAGAUGACAUUAUCAGAAGCUCUCUAGACAAAAAUUUUCACGGAAACAACAACAAAAGUGAAUACUCGGAAAAUGUUUUGGAGAAUGAAACUGAUCCUGCUAUAGUAGAAAGAGAAAAUCAAAUUAACGAUGUUGAAGGUUAUGACGUAACAGGAAAAAGUGUCGAAAGUGAUUUGCACGAGCAUUCCCCUGAUAAUUUGUAUGAUCUCGCCGCAAGGGCUAUGCUUCAAUUCCAACAAAGUAGAAAUUCGAACUGCCCUCAAAAAGAGGAGCAGGUAUCCGAAUCUUAUUUAGGGCACUCAAAUGGAAGCAACUUAUCGGGCAGGUCUUUAGACGAAUCCGAAGAGCAAAUACCCCUAAAGGACUUCACAGGUGAAAACAAUAAUAAUUUAAAAACAGACCGAGGUGAUCUUUCAUCUUCUGUUGAAAUAGAGGUUGAAAAAGUUUCUGAAAAGAAACUGGACGGUUCUACAGAAAAAGAACUGGUACCACUAUCCACAGAUACUACGAUUAACAAUUCAUCAUUAGGAAAUGAAGACAGUAUCUAUUAUUCACUCGAUGACGCUGAUGCUAUAUCAGAGAAUCUUACCGAUGUUCCUCUUAUGGAAAUCAAAACAACUCCGAAAUAUGAAGUAGUAAUUUCUGAAUCUGUGUAUAGUUCUACUUCUUACGAAGAUAACACAGUUGCCAUGCCACCGCAAGUGGAGUACACUUCACCAUUUAUGAAUGACCCAUUCAAUUCGUUGAACGAUGAUUACGAAAAGAAGCAUGACCUACUGAAAUCAACGUUAGCAGCCCUUGCCCCAGCUUUCACCAAAAAGGAUGCAGAAUUUGUGGAAGCUGGAGUGACGAAAUCAUGCUUGACAUCUACAUCUGGGCACACAAACAUUUUUCACACAAGUAAGGAAACUAAACAGGUGAGCGAUUUGGAUGAAUCUACGGAAAACGUUACUUUUGAAAAUGAAAAUACAGGUGAUGAAAAUAAAAAUCAAAGUAAAAAUUUUCCAGGCGUGGCUAACAGUACUGACAAGUCAACUGAAGAUAACACGGAUGAAAAGUACUUUUCAGCGAUUAAUUAUACCAACGUUACAGGAGACUCUUCCUGCGAGGACAUAAUUGAAACGGCUUCAAAUGUAGAAGAAAAUUUAAGAUACUGUGAAAAGGAUAUGAACGAAGCUGAGAUGUCUUCUGGCGAUGAAUGCGUAAAACAGAAUGAUGAUGGUAGUAAAACUCAAAUUUCGUUUUCAACAGAUUCGCCAGACAAUUUUCAAGAAAGCAACGACAACACUGAAUUCUCUUCUACUAAAUAUAAAGUAAGAAAUAGUGAUCUUGAAGACGACGAAUCACUCAAGAAGGAACUUACAAAAGCUGAAGUAGUUGAUAAGCUUGAUGAAGAGGAAAGUGAGGAUUCAUAUGAACAAGAUUAUGCGGAUCCAGAACCAGGCAAUGAUGAAGGCAGUAAUGAAAAUAUAGUUAAAGGUACAAAAAAGGAUACUCUCGGAAUAGUAGAACCAGAAAAUGAAAAAGUUAAUAAGGUGCACGAAGAAGAAACACUUUUCGAAGCCAAUGUCAGUUCAUCCGUAAAUGUUCAGAACAAAGACAUGCACACCGACGUCAUCAAUCAAGAGGCGCAAGCGAAUUACGAAGCUGGUGAAAGAAAAUACUAUAUCCAGAAUACAGAUACGGAGGAAGCACACAUUUCCAUUAUCGAAAGAAUAGAUGAGAAUGCGAUUGGAAAUAAUAUGGAGAUCCCAGAAAGGUCGUGCGUGGAAAAAACGCACAACGAAGUGCUCUUUGAAAGAAGAGCAACUACCAUUGAAAACACAAAAGCCCUGGAAAAUAAUACCAAUAUGCAUGAUCAGGUUAGCCAAGCUUGCUCUGAUUCAGACCGAGACCAAGACUCCACAGCUGAAAAAAAUGUUGAGGGAUCUGCAAAACAUAAUUUGGACAUUCGGGUGUCCAGUUCGGAAAUUGAGUCUGUGGAACCAUUGAAGCCAGAAUCUGAUCGAUCAAAUAUUUUUUCAUCCCCAAUUCGUGUUAUUGGAGCUGUAGUUAAGGGAGUGGGUAAGGUAGUCGACGUAGCUGAAUCAUUCGUGAAAAAAAUUGAUGUUAUGGAUUCUGAGAGUGAUGAUAACGUUGAUAUUGGUGAUUAUAAUCAAGACAUUUUUAACAAGUCGAAUUCUACCGAUGCAUCUGUUAAUAUGAAAAGUGUAAGUAGCAAAGAGAGAGACAGCGAUGAAGAUGAAGCUGUCAUACUCGGAGGAGUUACCGCAGAAGCACAUAAUGACAAUGGUAAUAAUUCUCGUGUGAUAAACAUCGAUCCCACGACAAACGGUGCUUAUGAAGAGGACUCCGAAGUGUUUCGACAGCAAGUAAAGGACAAGGAAAAUUUGCAUAAGUCGGAAGAGCCGCUAGUUGAAGGUUUACAAUCCGAGCAACAUUUCGAAAAGAAAGACCACAGCGAGAAUGAAGAAGAAUUUGAUACCAUAUAUGGAGAUAUAACAUCAGCAAAUAUUCACAGUAAUGCCCCCGAUGAUAUUAAGAGACAACAACUCCUAAAGAAUCUAAGUGACCUAGAGAAUUAUUCUCAGAGGCUCAUUGAAGAUUCCAGGAGAGGAAAAAAUCAAGAAGAAUCAGACGAAGUUAAUACAAGCCGUGAACGGGAUCUCACGUUUGAAAAGUCCGUUAAUGAGAAAUAUGCUGGAGCAAUUGAAGAAGACACUUUUUCGGAGUUAGAUAUUAGCAUUCAACACCCCGAACAUGAAGAAGACCUGGACCUAUCAAACAAUCAGGAGAGGUCAAUAGAAGAACUAAAUUCAGAGCCAGAAGAAGCUGAGUUGUACGAAUUGGAAAUAGAGGGCCCUACAGAGACAGCAGCUUCUAGUAAAAUGAAUGAUGAUGAAAGGCAACGCGGAAAUAUACCGUCCACAGAUCUUCCAUCUGAUCCUCCGUCUGAUAAGGAAGAAGUGACAGAUUCUUAUCCCUAUUCAAAUUCGGAAAAUAUUACCGCUGAAAAGAGUGCGCCAACAUCACCGGAAGUGUAUGAAAUAUUCUCAGACACGCCAAAUGAAGUCCCUAUGGAAAUUAAUGAUGAAAUUCCCGCCACCACGCUUGAGAAACACGAUAAAACCAAUGUAACAUCCGUUUUGGAUGAUAGAUCAGAACAUUUAUCUAGCCACGAUGUUGAUAAUGAGCCACACGAUAAUUCCAUUAACAUCAAAGUAAAUGAAGGUGAGGAGCCCGAACAUCAAGCAGUGGAUAUACCUGUUAAAGUAGAAGUUAAAGAAGAACAGGAGGAAAUGCCUUCAAAAUCUGUACUUGAAGAACAGAAACCAAGUAUGGAACUAAUCAAUGAUAAAAGUUCUCCAGAAAAUAAUAAUGAUGAGGAAACAAACCGCGAAAAGGACAAAACUAAAGCAAAAAAGAAAAGCCGUAAAAGAAACUACAACAGCAGAAGACGGAAAAGAAAAAUCACAGAAGGCAGUUCUGCCGCAUCAAAUACUAAAAGGCGUAGGGGGCACGAGCCAAAAAGCCGUGGACAGAAUACGCAUCCAAGUGUUGACAAAUAA